AUGGCGUGUGCUCCACGGUCACGUCCGUCAACACGACUCGCAAGGUCUCUGAUCAUGUUGGAUUGGGCCUGGACAAGAUCCAGAAGAGAUCGUUGCAUUGCUGCUUGUUCUUGGAGCAAGCCCGUCAUGCCGUCCAGCUUGCGUUUGAGGAUUUUGAACUCGGCCUUGGUUUCGAGCUUCAAUUUGGUUGCUGUCUGGUCCAUUGCCUGCACGCGCGCUCCAAUCUUUUCAAGCACUUGGCCGAGGGCAUCGCUCUCGAGAUCGGCGAGUUUGGACCUGUACCGUUUGGCUUGGCAGCAAAGGUAG